CGAGAUCCAGGCGCGUUCGGUUAGUGUGUUGCUCUAGUCGCGUGUGCUAGUGUAAAUUUUGCAUUUCAAGUGUUGUUCCUACAAUAAUCAGCAAAAAGUACCGGGUUCAACAACCAUACCAAAACACAAACCGGCACGGCCAUUCAAGAACCGGUUGGACGAGUUUUAAAAAAGCCAUGACCUUGGCCAAAGUAACCCAGCAUCGUUCGAUGCCGGUCACUCAUGGCCUACUUCUGUUGCUGCUGCUAGGAACCGGCCAGCGCAAUUAUGCGACCGCGGCCGUUACAUCGCCCGGCAGCGAAAGCAUCUUCGACAAUUUCAUAUCUGGUCUGAUGUCGAAGGCAGUGUCUGCAAAAAAUUACCUAGAAAUGGCUAGCUCGAAUGAGCGUGAUCCAGCGCUCCAGCAGCCGGUGCAUAAAACGGACGUAACAACUUCGUUUUACACUCACCACGGCACCGCCGGUUCAACAGCCGGCAUCAUCACUAGCUCGACGGUUGCCACUAGAACUACUACAUUGACCACCACCGAGAAUACACCGUUCUGGAACCCGUUCACCUGGCUUAAACCGCGAGCUGUGUCUAUUCCCUAUAAUCCAGAUACGGAUCUUACUACGCCAGAAAUCGCCGUUCGGCAUGGAUACAGUGCAGAGUCCCACACCUUAAAGACGGCGGACGGUUACCUCUUGACACUGCAUCGGAUUCCUUGUGGUCGUGCUGGUUGCAGUUCAGCUGGCAAAGGAAUGGGUCAACCUGUAUUCCUUCAGCACGGUCUACUAUCCAGUUCGGCCGACUGGCUAUUGAGUGGACCAGAGAAAGCUCUAGCCUUCAUCUUGGCUGAUGCUGGGUAUGAUGUGUGGUUGGGCAAUGCACGCGGUAAUACCUAUUCUCGGAAACAUGUAACCAUGAGUAGCGACGAGACGGCCUUCUGGGAUUUUAGUUGGCACGAGAUGGCUUUGUACGACAUUCCAGCAGAGAUUGAUUUUGUGUACGCAAUGCGAAAACUGGAGCACAACGACACCGCCCAUAAUCUACUGUACGUUGGACACUCGAUGGGAACUACGAUGGCCUUCGCACUGCUAUCCAGCCGCCCGGAAUACAACGAGAAGAUUGAAGCUGUCUUCGCAAUGGCGCCAGUCGCAUUCAUGGGACAUGUCAAAAGCCCAAUUCGUUUGCUUGCUCCCUUUUCUAACGAUAUUGAGAUGAUCCUGAAGUUCUUCGGUAGCAACGAAUUUAUGCCACAGAACAAAAUCAUUCGUUAUCUGGCAAAAUAUGGCUGUGAGCUCACGGAAGCGGAAAAGUACAUCUGCGAGAACACCGUUUUCGUGCUGUGCGGUUUCGACAAAGAACAGUACAAUGCCACCCUGAUGCCAGUUAUCUUCGGCCAUACGCCGGCCGGAACGUCGACCAAAACAGUGGUUCACUAUGCCCAAGAGAUUCACGAACAGGGCAACUUCCAGCAGUUCGAUUACGGCGAAGCGGAGAAUCAUCGCCGGUACGGUCAGUCUAAGCCGCCCAGUUACAAUCUAGACAACAUCUCGACCCCCAUUGCUCUGUUCUAUGCUAACAAUGAUUGGCUGGCAGGGCCGCUGGAUGUGGCCAAUCUGUUCAGCCGGCUGACGAGUACCUCGAUCGGAAUGUUCCGCGUACCGAACGAAAACUUCAACCACGUGGACUUUCUGUGGGGUAACGAUGCACCGGAAGUCGUCUACAAGCAACUGGUAAUGCUGAUGCAGCGAUAUAAGUAGUUUCAGCUGAGGGAGAAACCGAGGUGAAUGUUGAUAGGACUUGUCCUUUCAACGGAAAGCGUCAAUCGGGACAUGACGAGAAACGCUCUCUAGACAAAUCGAGAAACGCUUAAUAUUUGUUAUACUUUUAUACUUAGAGCAAAUGGAAGUACUUGUAGA